AUGGACGAAAAUCCACUUGCCGAGUUCCAUUCUAUGGAUAUACCUCAUGUGUCAGCGAUCGAGCUACCGUUGAAUGUUCAGAGUGAAACAAAGGUCAUCAGUGCCCUUGGAGGAAAAGGCAAAAUAUCCGACGCUAUUAAAAACUCCGACGUUCCUCUUGAGCUAAGAUUCCGAAAAGACCCGUUCCAUCAUCCCGUGCAAGCAACUUCGUCUACAAAUGAGCGCAUUUUGGUUAAGGUGAUGAUACCGAAAAAGGUGGUUAAACAGAAUCAAGCAGCACUGGUACGAGAAUUGAUUAGAAAGAAUGAUGAAGAUAAGCUGACUGCAAACACGAAAGUUCAACCAAUUGCCAUUGUUGACAAAACUUUCAGGUUCAGAGGAAUGAGCGAUUUUCAAGUGAUUACCAAAAAUAACCCCGUUGUACAGGAUAUCACAAAGAACGUCAUUGGUGCCACAAACUAUGAAACAUUAAAGCACUAUGUCGAGAGGCACAACAACUUUCAUAAUUACAUGGAUAUGAGCAAUGAGUACUUUGAAAAUAAGGACCACAAUUUGCCACCACCUCCAGUAUUUUCUACAAUCAAGUACCCCUUUGAUUACCGUUAUCAAAAGAAUCCCAUUACCUCAACCGUCAAAGAUGAGAAAAGUGGCGAGGUCAAGGUCGUAUCCAAAAAGACUCCUUUCAAACUACAUACCAUCCUCAUCGAUAUCUCUGCUGAACCACCAACCGAACCUCCAGCAAAGUUGAGAGCAAAUCUAGAUAAGCUAUUGACUGAAAAACUACCUGUCAACAGCGCCGACUACUUGCUAAUCAAAUGCAUUGAAUGGUGUAAAGAAAUGUUUACCAUAAAACCAAUUUGGAUUAGGCGUCACUUGUAUGACAUCAUUCCUGAAGAGCUAUCAAGAAGUUUGAAAUUUGCAUUGCCGUAUGUCACCUACAUUUAUCGAUCAGGCCCAUGGAGAUUUUGCAAUAUCAAAAUUGGUGUCGAUCCGCGUACUGAUCCCAAGUUUUGGAGGUAUCAAAAUGAGUAUUUCCGAGUGGUCGGGGUGCGCAACUCAUCACAACAAUCAUCGAGGAAAGUUAUACCCAAAACAUUAGAAAAUGCCCCAUUCUCCAUUGAAAUAUCUCAGAAUUUGUUGUUUGAUGGUAUUAAUCUACCGUCAGCUGUGACAUACCAAAUUGGAGAUAUUUUGGAUUUAGACAUAACAUCGAUAAUCGAAAACCAUAUGACCAGCAUGGGUAAGGACUUUGUUCGUGAAAGUUUGGAUGUACUGGAUGGAUGGAUCAACAAAACCACGAUGAGCUUGAUUAGACGAAUAAUGAGGUACAAAUUGCAACAACUAGUAAAGGAGGAGCCAAUUGAUCAAAGCAAGAUCUACAAAAUGUCAAAUGCAGACUUUGUCAGAGAAGAAACUUUUGCUGAUGAUCCCAAAGUCGACGAAGGAGAUGCAAAGAUUGACAAUUAUGAUUCUGAUGAGGAAGAUCAAGACGUCGAGGAGGAGACCAUGGGCGUGGACGUGGACGUAGGCGUGGGCGACAAUAGUGAAGUCGAAGAGGAACAAAUUGAGGAGCAGGUGGAAAAGAUCAAUGUUGCAGACGAUGCCGUAGUGGAUAAAUCAGGUAAAGAUCCUGACGCGAUGGAUGUUGACGAUAUUUUUACCCGUCUCGGCAACAUGAACCAAGAAACAGCUGAUUCAUUACGACACUUGGUUGGCUUUAUACGACAAGACGAUUUAAAUACAUAA